ACCAAAUCCAAAGCAACAAAAACAAAAUGAAAAACAUAUAUACAUAGUAACAUAUUCCUUUCAUACUUGGUUUCAGUUCACACACAAACACUUGUUGUUUCUUCUCACUCCCUCUCACUAUGGACAUAGAUUCUUCAGGAGGCACAUCCAAUUGGCUCUACGAUUAUGGCUUUGAUAACAUCUCUGUGGCUGACUUCAUGGCUCCAGACUCUGCUGCUUUCACCUGGCUGCCUCAACCUCAGCCUCACACCAAUUUCAAGCCUCCUUCUUCCAAUAUCAGCUUGGAAAUGGAAUACUCAGUGGAUUCAAUUGUGCUGGAAGGUGGCCCUUCAAAGCGGUUGAGGACUGAAUCAUGUGCAUCUGGAACCAAGGCAUGUCGAGAGAAAUUGCGAAGGGACAAACUGAAUGAGAGGUUUCUGGAACUGAGUUCCAUCUUGGAGCCUGGUAGCAUGCAGCCCAAAACCGACAAGGUUGCCAUAUUAAGUGAUGCUGUCCGAGUCGUAAACCAAUUAAGAGAUGAAGCAGAGAAGCUGAAGGAAAUGAAUGAUGAAAUGCUUGAAAAAAUUAAAGAGCUCAAGGCUGAGAAGAAUGAGCUUCGGGAUGAGAAAAAUAGGCUCAAGGUAGAGAAAGAGAAGUUGGAGCAGCAGUUCAAGAUGACAAAUGUUCAGCCAAGCUUCCUCCAUCAUGCUCCGGCCGCCACGAAAGCACAAGGUGCUAGCCAAAAGCUGAUACCCUUCAUAGGUUACCCUGGCAUAGCCAUGUGGCAGUUUAUGCCCCCAGCUGCAGUUGAUACAUCAAAGGAUCAUCUCCUUCGUCCACCAGUGGCAUAAUAGAGUGGUUAGAGCAUCCACUUCAUUGUUUUAUGUUUGUUAAAACAUAUAUCAAUGUCUAAGUUGUGUGGAUUGUGAACUCUGUGUGUGUGCUUACUAAUAAUGUAAGCCUAAAAGUGUGUCGUGAAGCAUUUCAAUAAGGUGAACUUGUCUUGUAUUACUUUUGAAUUUGUGAUGCUAUCAUAAUUAAAUGGUUUUCUGUUGUGUAUUA